AUGAGAAAGAUUUGGACUCACAGAAAGGAUAGAGAUAGAAGGAAGAGCCAGCAGCCAGGCUCUCCAUUAAUCGACACGAGCAAGCAUAACGCGAGUAACGAAAAGUUUGGAACUAUUGUCUCAACAGAAGAAGAGCUCAACGAUGAUCGCAAUACAAUAGUAUCAACUCUCGUGAGCAGUUCACAAGAGAAGUCUAGUCAUAUUCAUGAAAAGCUCAAUAGUAGUUCUGCUACUAGCGUCAUUGAACAUGGAUCAGGAACCAGCGACCCAAAAAGUGGAACUAGAAUGGUUUCUGCUUUGAUUAAGCAGGACUACGAUACAUCAACGAUUAUGAAUGGGUGGCUUAAUGGAAUUCUCAAUACACUGAGAGUCAGUGAGAUUAGUGAGCAUACACUUAGAACAGUAAGAGCUGAACUCAAAGGUUCACAUCUUUAUUUAUACCGUGCUGGGGGUCUCAAUGUGAAAUGCUUUAGAGUUGCGACCCAAACUAGCAAUCAAGAACCAUUUUCUGGGGGUAAAGUUGGGACAGUCGAACAAAGGAGUGCUUUACAAUCAAAUGAUAAUACAUCUCAUAUAGAUGGUUCAAUGCAUAAUAAGAAUCACGACAUUACCUAUUUCAAUACCGCUUCGCCUCACCCUGACUUAAACUACGAUUUUGAAUCGAGGUCAUUUUUAAACACUUCUUCGCUCGAAUCAAUUGUUCACUUUGUGCUUUUUGAUGAUGAUGGCCAAAAUAUACCCGCAGUGACAAGUGCUAUAGACAUAUUACCUCUAUUUCCCAAUUUUGACAAAGCUCUUGAGCUAUGGUGUAAUUAUGUCGAAUUGUCGAAUACCGGAAGACUACAGGGUGCUCGCAAUGACGCCCUUGUCACAGAUAGGUCUUUAAAGUUACUAUCCAAUGUUCAAGAUAAUUUUGUUGGAUUUCUUUUAAAAUCCGAUGUUGCCCCUCAUAUAAUAAAGAUUCUUGAGCUUAUAACGAAUCAAAUGCAAGGUGAUGAAAGCGAAUCUUUGAAAAUCAAGCAAUUCAAAAGUGAUAUGCUCUCAUAUCAACAAUUUUUGAUUGAUAUUGUUUCUAACAGUAACCUGGAUCCCUCUAUAAACCCACUCCGAGAUAUAAGCUCCACCGCGUUUAUGCAAACGAACUUAAUUAAGUUUGUUAACGCGGUUGGAGAAGUUGAUUUAAAAUUUUUCACUAAAUGGAAUUCCAAUAUUGACAAGUCAUUAUUGCUAGCAUCUUCCUUGAAAGAUACUUCUGGUUUGGCAAAUUCAUUUUACAAAAAAAAUCCUUUGAUUUUCAAUAAUGAGACACACAUCCAUUAUUUGUCGAGGCUUUUCAUACACCACCUUUUUGGCGAGAAGCUGGCUUCAUUAAUUAGUUUGGAGAGAAAAGCUCGUUUAUUGGAGAAAUGGAUAGAUUUGGGUUGUUUGUUGGAUAAAACUGGAAAUAUGUCUUCAUGGCUCGGAAUAUCAUCAGUUAUUUUAUCCCAGCCCGUUUUACGAUUAACGAAGAUGUGGUCUUUGGUAUCUCCAGAGUAUUUGAAGUUAUUGAAAAAUGAUUGGUCCCCAGUCUUGUUCGAAUUGGACCGCAGGCACUUGGCAAAUGACUCCAUAAAUUCUCAGGGAACUCCAGAUGAAUCUAAACCCCUUGAUUCAGGUGAAGAAAUAUCCAAAGAUUCGUAUCAUAUUAUGGCCCCUAGAGGAUUGGGUAAAAUAUAUCCUAAGGAGAAGGUAAUUCCAUAUUUUGGCGACUUUUUUAUUAAUAACAACUCUACGAAUAUUAAUGAACUAGAACCCAUAUGGAGAAGGAUAAAUUAUUCUUUCAAUAGAUGGAAUGAGUAUUUAUCGAACCUUUCAAAUUAUGACGAAAUAAUAAAAUAUAAUGAUGAUGUUUUAAAAAGAUAUGACAACAUGGGGUUCAUAUUUUCAAAUGAAAGUAUUAAUCAAGUUUUAUAUCUUGGUGUAAAUAAUGAUGAUGCAAAACAUCCUUCAUAUCCAAAGUCAAAGGAUGAAUCAUCGAAUUCAUCGAGCCAAGUCGAUACUGAUAUGGAGCUAUAUAAUAACUUGUUAAAGUUACUUGAAGUUAAUUGUGAAUCACUCAAUUUGGAACAAAUUAUGAAGAUGUCAUUAAUGUUAGAACCUGACUUACAAGAGGCUUACUUACAGCCAUCGAUAAACAACACAGUAUCUGCGUCACCCGCUGAUCCCGGUAAUAGAAAUAUGAGCUGCUUUUCUGAUCGAUCUGCAAAUUCAAGUGAGUCUGAUAUUACGGACGCAAGUGUUACAGCCGAUAUAUUGAGCAGCACAUCGAACGAUCAGAAAACUAGCUUGAGUGAUUCCAGCUGCUCAAAAGUGCCAACAUUUAAUAACAACUAUUUCAAGAUCAAGUUAUCUGUCUACGAUGAGUUGGUCCCCAAUUCUCAUGCAAAUAAUGAUGUAUCCAUCAGUGGACCGCUAUUAUCUCCUUUAAGUAAACAGACUUUUGAGGUAGAUAAAGAUUUGACAUUCAGGAUUGAUGAUUUUUUGGCCGACUCAGAAAGCUUUACUUCAGAUUCCUUGAUGCUUAAUUAUAUGGGAGAUGUGGAGCAUCCUAAUGAUGACGAUGACCUAUCUGGUUUAGGCAUAGAUGUUGACGUAAUUCUUAGCUCGGAAAAAUUCAAUAAUAUUAGCAUUUCUACAAAGCAUGGCUCUCCAAAGACUUUACUGGCGACGCAAGAUAACGUCUCGCAUAACCAUGAAUACAGACUGUUGUCUUCGGACUCUGGUAGUGUAGGGCAGCAUUUGAAGCACAAAUAUAUUCCAAAAUACGCUUCUAUUAACAAGUUAGUGGAUUUGCUUUUGAUUGACGCGAAAUAUUUUGAUGAGCUGAUUGCCGUUGACUUGGUUGAGUAUCGGUUCGUCUUCUUACUAAAUUAUACAUCUUUUAUUUCAACAAAGGACUUAUUAGAUAUGCUUGCACAUCGCUUUAUCAACUCAGGCAAUGCGGUGAUAUCGGUCAUGAAGAAAUUGGCUGUGAAAAAAAGUCAAAGCGGCGACAAAGAAGUAGAGUUUCCGAACUGGGACUUAGACCCUACUGUGGAUUUAAAUACCUUGGGAGAAGUUGACUAUGAGCUCUUAUUAAAAAUUCAAAUCAAUAUUUUGAAAGUAUUAAUUGUUCUUUUGAAUAACUUUUAUUCAAACUUUUCAUUGAAUCUCGAAAAUAAAAAGAUAUUGAUCAAGCUUUUGAAGUUAUUCAGCAAUGAAAUAUUACAGUGGUAUAAUUCCAGCAAGAUUGAUUCUAGUCUUGAAAGAUCGUUUGAAAGUUUAGUAAACUACUAUAAAAAGUUGAAGAAAUUAUUCAUUAAAAAGACUUAUAGACCAGUCGAAACACUGAAGUUUGAUUCUUUCCUAAUUAAUGAAUUCCGAUUUACAAAUUCUUUGCAUGAGGUCCCAAUGAAUCGUAAUUUGCCAGGUCAUAAGAAUGUAGCUAAAAUUGAAAAAUUUUUGCAUAAAUUUAAUCGCUUGUUGGCGAUCUUCUACCAUGGUAUUAGAAUGGAAGACUGGAUGAAAGUAUUCGAAAUACUUGAGUAUCACUUCGAGGAAAAUACCUUAUUCUACUUUAAUUUACAAAGAGCCAACACAAGUGAGAAUAAUUUAACAGUGUCGAAUAUUUUCAAAUUUUUUGAAUCGUUUGUUGAUUCUAAGCAGAAGCAGUUAGUUUUGAAGAAGUUUCCUUUGGUUUUCAGAAAAUUGUUCAAAAUAUACUACAAAUUCUCGGCAUACCUUUUGAUACAAUUGUGUGACUUAAAUAUCACACUAGAGGAGAGGUUAGAUAGAAUGAAAACUUUACUUAUCAUGGCCAAACUAUGUUCGGUGAAGAUGGGUGAAUUUGGUUUUGAAGGAUAUAACAAAAAAAUUCCCUCCUGUAUCGAGACAGCUGUCAUAAACGUUAUUUAUGCGCCGGAGAGUCGGGUAUUUUCUACUCAAUGGAUACAAGCUGCAGAGUCAUUGAAUGGUGAUAGUCAUUUGAGGUCCUAUGAUGAUUUAGAUCUGUUAUUGCCGCGUAGUGUAACUCGUGCCAGUCUCCAAAACCUGGAGUCUUUGUUGCCUUGUUUUGGUUGGGUGAUUGAAAAUCUCCUCGAGAUCAACAAAUGUCCAAGCUUUUACAAGUUGAAUAUAAACUUCAAUAAGCGCUACUUGAUAUACAAGUUUAUCAAGGAGCUUGCUAUUGAAGAAGUUGAUGCAUCUGAUAUCAACUUGAAUGAUACUAGAGAAUUCGAAUUUUUAUUGAAGUUGGACGAAUCUUUAGUUAACAGUCACAGUUUAAAAGAGUUCAGUUCUUUGGAGAAAGAUAAAAUCCACAUUUUCCAGUCUGUUUUGAGAGAGGAAUACAAAAUUUUAGUUGCAGAUAAUAAGAAAAAGCAGUUAUCGAGCUAUACUGAAGAUAAGAGCUCAGAUAAGGGCCCCUCCUCAGACCAGGCUUUAGUUAAGAAGACUUCUGUGCCUUCUAAUAGACGACAAUCGCUUUCGUAUAAAUCAAAUUCUAGCUCGAGGUUUAAAAUCAGCGGAAUUUUCACGAAAAAUAGACCUUUCUCGUUAAAUGGUUUGACAUCGAAUGUUUCCGAGAGGGUUGUUGACAGCAAAGAGCUUCCAAACCCUGAGACCCAAAUUGAGCCGAGACAAAAGCCUCUUGCUGUCAUUCCUUUAAAGUCGAAGAAAAUAUUUCCCGUUUACUUGCUACCUUUUUGUUUCAAAAUAGACUCAGAGCUUUCUAGUGAAGAUUAUCUUUUUCAGGCAACUGAUGAAGCAUCAAUGAAUAGUUGGUUGGUCAACUUGAACUACGCCAACAGACAUUGGUUCUAUUCAAAGACGCUAAACUUAAAGUUUAGUAGCUCAAAUUUGACUUUUGGCUUACCUUUGAACUUGAUUUGCAGUAGGGAACAAUCCUUGUCUCCUAAGUUUUUGAAUGUCAUGUUUGAGGUGAUAGAAAGUGAAGGACUAAAGGAUGUUGGAAUUUACAGGAUAAGUACAUCUCUAAGUGAGUUGAACAAUGUAAAGUCUUACAUAGAUAAGACGGGCUCGUUAUACAUUGCAAAAAAUUAUGGUGUUCAUACUUUAACAAGCGUUGUCAAAUCCUAUUUCAGAGAGCUUCCUGAAGCACUCCUCACGGAUAAGGUUAUCGAGUCGUUUAUUGCUUUCAAGCAAAAUGCACGACAAAAGGUAAGCGAGGAUCAAAAUGAAAAUGACGAACGCUCUUUUGAGAUCUAUAAGGAAAUAUUGGGCUUUUUGCCUCCUGUUAAUUAUUAUACUUUGAAGGCUCUAACCAAACACUUGCAAAAAAUCUGCCAAUUUAGCGACGAAAAUAAGAUGACUGCAUCGAAUCUUGCAACUGUUAUUGGCCCCGCCUUAACUGAAGCAAGUUCAUUAGAUUCCCUUAUUAAUAAUUUCGGUGUGAUGAAUUCAAUUUUAGAGUAUAUGAUUGUUCACUUCUGCCAGAUUUUUGAUGAAAUAUAA